AUGCAACGCAGAGUCAUAUUCACGCUGUUCGUUAUUAAUUGUCACGUCGUGCAGGGCCAGCUAGAAUGGAAUGAUUUUACAAACAACUUCGCCACUGAUUUGGCACCCCUUAUUACUUUGUUUGGAGAGCAGGUAACAAAACAGUUUCUCAGCGAGUCUCUCACAAUAUGGGACAACAUAAUUUUUGCGAUGGCGCCAUUGGGAUUGCUUACUGCGGUCGUAUCUGUUAUCAGAGUAUGUGGCAGCGCUUCUUUGAGAGCCUUCAUAGGACGUGCCCAAGAGGGUCCUGGUGUUGCAGAAAUCGAACUGUUGUCUUGCACCUCCGAAACCACGGCCGAAAUUUAUAAUGAAGGAGGGAUUGCUCGUGUUUUCGGCGAACCUCAAAUUCUAGAAGUGGUAGUUGUGAAACCGAAAGCGAAUUCCAACAACUUCGAAUACGAUGGAGGAAAUGACGGACCACGCAUUACGAUGCUAUGGGAUGCAAUCUUUCAAGGAGUUGAAAAAGCUGCCUAUCAUCAAACUUCAUCUAGCGGUGUCCCUUUGAACACUGACGAAAUAGAGCGGGUGUCUAGAUAUCAUAGGCCCAAUCUUUCUUUGAAUGCUGGUAUCGUUCGGCUUCCCAAAUCGGUUACCUAUCUAGCUGCUGCGAUUGGUAUCGCUCUUCAGUCUGGGGUUCUUGUAUUUGCCGCUUUGACGGUGUAUGUCUAUCCAGAUUCAUUUGUGACAGCCGGAUUUGGCGGUGAGGAUAGACCUGCUGAAACCUAUACCUUUGCUCUUACACUGGUUGGGACAGUAUUUGUGACAUUUGGUUUAUUUCUGUGCGCCUUUCUCAUCGAGCGGAGCUCUACUGAAGUUCGCUUUCGUCGCAAUAAUACUGUCGAAGGCAAGAUAUAUUGGAUUCAACCGGGGGGCCAAAAAAUCGGUGACCAGGUUUUUGGGUCAUAUAUCGGCUCCUUUAGCGGUCCAGAAUAUAUUGUUUCUACCAAAUCCCCGCACAGAAAUGAGAAUCUUCUCUGGAUCGCGGUUACGUGUUCAAUGCUGGGAUUUGUGGCUCAAUUUGUUGGACUGAGAGGAAUGCACGCUAGUGUAACACUGGCGCAGAUUGGCACCACGCUCGUUAUGGCAAUUAUUAGAGCCAUGCUUCGGACUAAACGGCUGGAUAAGUCUGGAGAUGUGAUUUCGUCCCUCGCGGUGCCAGGUCUUGAUCUCGACUCACACAACCAACAUCCUCUGAUAAAGGAUCCUAAGCUCCUUCACGGCCAUGAACUCGACCUUUUUACUAUGCAAGUUCACGGCAUCACCGGGGUAUUUGUGUCAGCAGACCCGGAGAGCCACUUUCAACGCGCAAUGCAAAUCGAAACCGGUGAAAAACGAAACAUGGGGAAGCUUCUAUUGGAUGCUAGAAGCCGCUUGGCAGAAUACACUGGUCUUCCUGGUGUAUCUCGUGGACGAAAGAAAACACUAGACCCUCUCGAAACCUUCUUCUGGGACGAUCUGAAGGUACGAGAUACGGCUCACAAACUCCAGUCAGCGAUCGAGGCAACCUUUGACAUAAUAUCCAAAACUCGGCCGCUAAUAACCGGCUCACUACCCCGAGAGGAAGAUGAUUGGUCUUUCAAUCUCACUACAACGGAUGAAAAAGGCGGAGUGAAUACUUGGAAAGUAAAUUUUCAACAUGGAAAAGGCGCAUCUACAGCAUAUAAGGUUCCUCGGGGCCCCCAACAACUUGAAAGCGUUUUGGGCCUAUGGGCACUAACCCUUACUGGAUUUGACGCUGAACAAUAUCAUGCAUUUAGUUUCUCUCUACGAAGUUCAAGGACACGGGACUCUCUCAGGGCUGUCUAUGCAACAGAGGUUGACGGCCAAGAGGAAGGCAAAUUCACUCAAGCGCUUUUGUCUCGCUGGGUGAAAGGCCGGUUUAACUUGCAACAUGAGGAAAUGACGAGAAAAAAUAGAGGAUACCUGAGUAAAUGGAGUGGGCGCCAGGGAGCAGAGCAUCACGUAUUUGGCAUGCCAGUAUCGCCGGCUGACGGCCAUACUCUCCGAGUAUCUUUCGUCCACACCGACAACUCAGUACUACAGAUGUGUAGCCAGGACAUUUUUAUGCUAUUUCUGAGAUCGCUUCUCCAGAGCGCUCGGGGCAUCGGCGGGAAAACGACCAUCAGAAAAGGGGCAAAUGAAGAUGAUCUGGGGUUCGAAAAUUCUACUGUGGAGGAAAUUGCUGAAAGUUUCGAAAAAGCGCAGCUCGGCUCAAAGGAGGACGCUUAUCUUUGCAUUUUCACAGUUCUUAUGGACCUACGCCUCAUUCCAGGACCUAGUGAUAUUGUGAGCGCGGUUUUAGACGACUUAUCGGUUCAAGAUAUCCAGCGGAGAUUGUCUGAAGUCGAGGAUCUGCUAUUAUCCGCCAUAAAGUAUCCCGGCAUCGUUGGGGCUCAGGAGGAAGCUACAUUGACAGCCCUGGGGGAGCUGUAUAGUACCUCUGCAAAGGAGCUGAAUUCCGAAAUUUCGCGGUUUGGAUUUGAGGGACUUAUCAAAACCUUGGAGCAAUAUGGUUCAUCCCAAGUUAUCCAUCAGUAUGCCUGGAUAGGGUUACAAAUCGAUAUCCAGACAGGUACCAGCAUCUACAAGGGCCGCAUUAUGAAGACUGGAUUGAACAUGAAAGCUCUGCAUGAGCUGAUGAGUAGCCCCCAGAACAUCAUCAAGAUGACCAAAACGAAUAGCUAUCGACUUCUGAAAUAUCUCGAGCAGACUCCGCUUGACAUUAAUGGCCAGGACGACUUGGGAAUGACUGCGUUGUCCUGGGCCGCGCGAAUAGGGAACUACAGGGUAGCGAAGUGGCUCCUCAACAACAACGCCAUGACUGAGAUCCAAGAUGUGGAUAUGAGAACCCCACUUUCAUAUGCCGCAGAAAGCGGUUUGCACAAAAUUGUCAAAGCACUUGUAGAACCUAAGACAUUCAACAUUAAUGCGCCUUCAGUGGAAGGACAGAAGACUGCUCUUAUGUUUGCCGCAGAAAAUGGCCAUGCUUUAUCUGUUCGACAUCUGCUACAGAACGUCGAAGUUGAUGUACGCGCCGUCGACAAGGAUGGAAACAACGCCUUGCUGCUGGCCGCGGCUGGUGGCCAUGUAGGGGUCAUUGGGCAACUAAAACUCGACUACGCUACCGCGAAUAAACAAUCACGAACUGCUCUCCAUCUUGCUUCCGUAGGAGGAUUCGAGAGGGCUGUUGAUAAGCUGUUGAUUGGCAUUGUCGGGUCUGGAGGCAACGUAGACGCGGCAGAUGAUGACGGUCACACAGCUUUACAUCUAGCAGCGAAGGGGGGUCACGAUAAGGUAGUAAGAUUACUUCUAAUCCAAGGGGCUGGUUGCAAUAUCAAAAAUCAUGAUGGCCAGACAGCGUUAUUUUUGAGUCUCCAAAGUGGCUCGGGUUAUGAGAGAGUUGUUCGCCUGUUGCUGUCUAACAACUGCGACCUUUCUUUGCGGACGAACGAAGGGAAGACUAUCAUUGAGGAAGCCGAAGAGAAGGGGCUAUUGAGGCUGCGGGACAUGGUGCUGGAUGAGCAGAACAAAAAGCGAUUAGCAACGUAA